AUGGACGCAACGAGCCUGGACAUGGAACCGCAGCCCAAAGGCCCGCCGAUGGAGGAGGCUUCGCAGGCGAAGCUCAAGGUGUGGCCGCCUUGGAAGCCCUCCCUGGGGGGCCUCCAGAUCCUCGCGAAGGCAUGGAGGAGCAAGCAGAAAACAAAAGUGCCAUGGCGACCGACCAGGCAAUCAUUGGCGACUCUAUUCAACUACGUGGGGAAGUGGAAGUGCGAGGCGUGCGACUUCACCAACUUCGGCUUCCGCCAGGAGCGCAGGCAAUGCCGGAACCUGGCACCACGGGCAACUUUACUGAGGCAGAGGGAGCAGAAGGAGGAGCUGAGACAGAUCUGGCCCGAGGACCUCGAGGCAGACAGCUCGGCGACGUCUGCUCCCUCGAACAAGGACAAGAAGAGUGUCAAGGACAAGGAAAAGGAGGACAAGCACCACCAGGAGACGGAGCUCGCAGCCCAGCCGACCGCCAAGAAGAGUUCCUGCCACUACGCCGACGACGACGGGGUCAAGCGCUGGUGGGCCGAUGGCAAUCACAGUGGCGUCGAAAGCCUGAUCGAGGACUUCGGGGACGCCGAGGUGGUGGACAUGGCGACCGUCGUUGGCAGCGAAGGGGUACUUGCGGGCAGCCUGCCAUUCCUGCUAGGUCGCCCCCCCCUCCCCUCGCCCCGGCGGCGGCGCUGGCAGCGCGGCCUCCGCGGCAUGGCGCCCGCGGACACCGCCAGGGUGUAUGACCUCGAGGCUCACCACAUCGUGGACAGGAUCAAGCCACUAGACGGCGAGGUGCACGGGUUCGCGGACGAGCUCCUGGUGUUCGUCGUGGAGGAUGUCAGGCAGCUCACCGACUCGCAGGGCUGGGCCUGGAGCCGGCGCCACGAUGUCGAGAAUUUGAUCCGCGGGUCAUGCCUGCCAGAGCUCAUGCCGGCAGAAUCUCUGACUGGCAAGCUUGCGCAGCACCAUGGGAGCCAGCUGCAACGAGUUCCAGGACUCACCUAG